CGAACACUGAAAGCGAGGACUCCGUCACGCCCUGUUAUCAAUGAACGACUUUUCAUUUUGUGAAUUCAGCAGAAUAUAUGACCAUGGUUGUCUUCGCUGUUAUAAAUGCUGAUGAAACUGGCCGUCUCCAGGUGAAAUUCCGAGCAAGAUGAUCAAGCGGAAAGCACGAGAUGACGGCGUGACUUCGCGAUCGUCGGUUUCACAAAAGCCAUUGACUCGACGUGAGCAUCGAGAAGCUACUACGAAUGAUGACGAGCGAGCGGCCAUGGGGCAUCGCUCGAUCUUCUGCGAGGCUGGUGGUCUCGACGAUGAUAUCGGUUGUUAUGUGACGAAAGAUAUUCUUGACCAAACUUCCAGCGCGGAGCAUUCUGAUCGCCGUGACGAGGUCAGCGGAUGGAAAUCGAGCAAGGAUAGUCAUGAAACGUUGAGGCCCGCUCCACUGCUUGGACCACUGUCUACUUCAGUCACCACAAUGUUCACGCCAACCUCCGUCGAUGCAAUACGAGCGGCACCAGGGCCUUGUGUCACAUUGUAUCAGCGACCGGAGAUUCGUGCAGUCGAAUCGAACUUUUCUCUACCAUGGACACGAUCGGACAUCGAUCAAGAGCAGGCCGCCACCUCAAGCGUGUCCCAAGAUCUGUUGUCGCGUCGUAAUCGGCCACACCCUCACCGAGAGUAGAUAGUGCCCUGCAAUGCUCCGCGGUCCAAGGGUCACCUCCACGGAACCGAAAACUCAACGUUCGCGAGGUUGAUGAGCAUGAUGACUAUGGUGGAGCGCUAUUGUCAAUGCUGGAAAGGGAACUUCUAAAAAAGAGGAAGCUGCAAACCGACACCCGUGAUUUGCCAAUCACACGC